CUUCGGUCAACCUUUGCUCAUUGAACUCACUCACUCUAUCUUGUUUUCCCCUUUUUCUUGCAGAUACCUCCCGCACGGGCGAUAAGUUCGAAACGAUGUCCCGCAACACGGGCUACACGAAGUAUAUGAGCCUGAAGAUCCGAUCUGUCGGGCCGGCGGAUUUCGGAUCGUACCGAUGCGUGGCCAAAAACUCAUUAGGCGAAACCGAUGGACUAAUCAAAUUGGACGAAAUACCGGCCCCGACGACAAUAUUGACAACCGAAUCACUUUAUAACAAUCGAUCAAAAGGGCGGAAACAAAACAAAAAACACGAUCCUACCAUGGUCGGAGACUACGGCGUCGAGGAGUGGAAAGGUGAUGGUCCAGCGAUACGACAUCCGCCGGGGGCGUUCCACAACGGAGGAGCAGCCUCGUUGACGUCUUGGCUGCGGCUACGGAUGGUGUCCUGUUGCUUGCUGCUGGUUUGGCUGCAGCUCCCGCCGAUGCUACCGUCGCUUCACCUGCACCACCUGCAUCACCUACCACCGGGAGACCUUGGACGAUGA